AUGGCAGUCGUUGGUAGGGAGGUAUGUGACUCGUACCCUUGUUCACCAGUUUCUUCUUUUGAAAGCGGAUAAUUCACUUUACGCAUUAACAUAAAAAGAGAGAGGAAUUUUAGACAUAUGACCACUGCGUUCUAAAAAUAUGAUAUUUUCUAGAAACUUAUGAGCCUAAGGAUCUCAUACGCCUCGAGAUCCAAGAAUGACGUCUUCCCUUGUUCAUUUUUAUAUAUGUAUAUAUAUAUAUAUAUAUAUAUAUAUAUAGGAUUGCUCGUUUUUAGGUACUUUUGGUGCGAAUAUUUGAGUUAGAAAGAAAUAUCCUUGCAUUAAUUUCAUACUGCAUUUUCAGUAUUUUCAUUAAACGUAUAACUUUUAUUUUAUGACUGAUGUUUUCAGUGGAAACUAAGUUCAUGCGUUUCUUUCUGUGAAAUCUCACAGAUGAUGAAAUCUUAUAUCUGGCUUCAAACUUCUGAUGGAUCAAUCCAGCAAGUAGAGGAGGAGGUUGCCAUGUUCAGUCCCAUGAUACACGAAAUCCUUCAGACGGGAAUGGGAACUUCAAAAAAUCAUGCUAUUUCUCUCCCGCAGCGUGUUAAUCCAGUUAUGCUUAGUCUCAUACUUGAUUAUUGCCGGUUUCAUCAAGUUCCUGGUCGAUCUAAUAAGGUCUGCCAGAUUUUUCUCCUGUAUCCUGACAUCCUUUUGUUGUUCUUUUUCUCAAGAGUAUGGUUUAAAGUAUACCGAAUGCGUGGUAGUUCGAGUUUGAUUCAUUUCUCUUUAUCGUCGUUCUGACUUCAAUUGAAACCUAGAAAUGUUAACGAAGACAAUUUUGUUAUUUGUUUUUGCUGCUGGUUAUCUUUCUCUCUCAAUUUGUGAAAUCUAUCAAUUAGGAGCGAAAAUCCUUUGAUGAGAAGUUCAUUCGAAUGGACACAAAGCGGUUAUGUGAGUUGACAUCCGCUGCUGAUAGCCUUCAACUGAGGCCCUUGGUUGAUCUAACUAGCAGAGCACUAGCUCGUAUGAUUGAAGGAAAAACUCCUGAGGAGAUUAGGGAGACAUUUCAUCUGCCUGAUGACCUUACAGAGGUACAUGUUAGGAUUCUUUUUUUAUUUUUCUUUGUUUUUGUUCCUCGCUCAUUGAUGUGGUAAUUUCAGGAGGAAAAGUUGGAACCUUUGAGAAACACGACUGAUGAUCUUCGAAUUCGACUGUUGAAUCGACUUUAUGCCAAAAAAAGAAAAGAAUUAAAAGAGAGACAGAAAUUGAAGGUAGCUGCAUCAUCCUGGUUUUACAUCUAACAAAGACGAGAGUGUUGCUUUGCAGUUCUUAUAAAUCAUUUUUUUGUGCUACGCUGAAUUGUACAUCUUCGAACCUAUAGGUUAAUCUUCUAGAUAUAUUGAAUAGAUUUCCUCUUUCAGUUUAGAUCAUCUAUUUUCCACAAGAUAAAGAACCAGCGUUUCCUUUCAAUUUGUUGGUUGCUAGCUUAUUGGGUUGAUUUGCUGUUGACUGUUCACUGAUGGAACUUGCAUCGAAGUUUUUAUUUCGUAAAUGAUCUUGAGUCCUAACCAUUUUUAUCUGAUUAAGGAUCCUGAAGUUGACGAACAACGAUUAGAGGAACAUGUUGAUGAGCGUUCAGUUGAUGAUCUUCUUUCCUUUAUAAAUGGAGAUAACGAAGGUAAUAAUCGAAGAAUUAUUUUGCUAUUAUGCAAAAUACUUAUUAGUGCUCUCCUUUUCUCGUUCAAAAUAUCUGAACCUUAAUGGAAAUAACUUCAUGCUUGCCUGCCAAUCCAAAAGAGCUGUCAUUUCGUUUUGGCAUUUAUGGUAAACUGCCAUUUGGCCUCUUUUUUUGGUAAUCUGUCAAUACAUUUAAGCGUCUAAUUACUUUUUUUUGUAUAUUAUAUUUUUUUGUGAAAUCAAAUCUGUGCAACCUAACAGUCUGUUUGGUUAUAAGGAUAUAAAUGCCUGGUCAAUUGUCAUCCAUAAUAGUCAGAUCUAUAUUUUCCUUUCUCUCAAUUUGGUGGGAGUUUUUUUUUCUAAUUAGCUCUCGCUUUGUGGUAUCAAACGAGUGUUUGCUUCGAAACAGCAAACCAUACUUUUGUCUAGUAUUUAGUACUUUCUAUGGAAAUAUCUUAGGUCUAUAUUUGCUCUAAGUUCUAACUCGAUUCAACAUGCUCUUUCCGUGUAUUUAAAACAUUAGCAUCCUUAUUUCCACAUUUACAGUUCAAUGUAUGUCAUGAAAGAACUCUCCGUCUCUCUCUCUCUCUCUCUCUCUCUCUCUCUCUCUCUCUCUCUCUCUCUCCCCCCCCCCCCCCCUCAUAUGCACUUAUACGUAUAUGGACCCUAGAACUUAAUGAACUUUUCGUUGCUAGUUGUCAAGCUGAUUUGACAUCAAUGGAAAUGCUUUGUCGGAGAGUAUUUAUUUUGGGUCAUUUUGAUUGGUGCUCUAGUGUUCCUCGAAUUGUUCUGGGCCCCAGUCAUUACUUUAUGUAAUAACUGUGACAUAAGGUCGUCUAGGAAAACUGAUGGGGAGGGGAUGAUUCUGUAUUAAGUGAUGGAAGAUUUUAUGGAAUAGAAGAAAAGAGAGGAGAUCAGUAAAGGAAAAAAAAUGUGAAGUCGGUGCACUGGGUUUUUAUGGGGAGUUGGUAUGUAGAGCUGAAAGACCAAAGAAACAGAAUGAGAGGUGAUUUAUUGGGGGUUAGAGAGAAGAUAUUCAAGGAUAGAUUAAUGGAAAUGACAGAUAUAGAAAAGAAUGCGGACUUGGAUAGAGCUGACAGAGAAAAAAGGAAGAACUGUCGGAUAGAGAGGCUGAAGAGAUGGAUGGAGAGAGAUGAAGAUGGGGAUGGUAAUGCCAAAUAGGGAAAGAAAUAGGACGAAUAAGAAAGAGAAUUGGGGAGGAGACAAGCUGUAGGAAACUACAGCUUGGUGUUUGGCUGAAUGGAGACAGCUUAUAACCCUUAAAACUAGGCAGGUGGAGGCAAAGAUUUGGAUAUCAAUGUGACUCGUGCUGGGUAGUUUACUCUAUCAGAGAACCAGCACCAUUAUCAGUUUGUUCAUUGUCACUUCAUAUGAUUAUCCGUCAACAAUAAUGGCGGGAACAAAACAAUACCGGCAGUGAUAAGUACGACAAUGGCAACAGCCAUAAUGAACUGUUUUCCGCAAAUCUUGAAACUAGAAAAGGGAUGGGAAAGAAGGAUACACAAACUGCAUCUAUUGUCAUUGGAAUGAUGAAAAUAGUUUUUAUCAAUCUUUUUUUUCUUUUCUCCCAUUUCUCCGUUAUUUUUCUUGGGGAAGCCAAGAAUCUAGCUUUGGUCCCAGCAUGGAAGUUAUUUCUAAGGUGAAAUAUUCGAAUUCAUGUGGGGUAAGACGACACUAUAAAGCUCUAUGUAGUGAACUUGAUAAAUCAUAGAGUAUGAGAGGACAAUAUUUUUUAUCAAACAAGUGUAUACAUUCUAGAAAAUGCAUUCAACUUUGAGAAUUGCGACCUUAGUAGGACAUUAUGUUUUUUAGGACAUAGAAACCAAAAGGCCAGCCUGUUUUUAUCCCAUUCUUUCUGAACAGUUUUCUGGGAAUACAAUCAUAGAUGCUCGUGGCAGUGCUUGCAUUAAUGUUUUGAAUCCUUUUUUGUCUGAUACAUUCCUCAGCAGCGUGAACUUUUAUAAUACCGUGAAUUAGUAUAAUGUAAAGCGUACUUUAUGAAUUAUACACUUUUUAAUAGUGUUCAAAACCUGGAUGAAACCCAAAAUACUUCCGUUCAGGGGUUUUUUCAGCACAAUUACACCAUGUAUAUCUCUUUCUCACUUUGGAUUUUGAUAAGUAUGUGGUACUAUCCACUUCAAGAAGAGAACCUUAAUGAUGUAAUCCUGGGUAAUGUACUUUUACCUUAUGUUCUUAUGUUGAGAGUAAAAGGGUUAUUUUCCAUCAGUAGAUCAUGAGAGAUCACCCAAAUGGUGUAAUGUAAACUAGAUAACUAUGACCAUGGUUACGUGGAUCGAGAAUAACUUGCGUUUGCAUGGGAAGGAGAAAGUGGAGACUCCAGAUCCAUUUGUCAUGUUGUGUAUGGAAAACCGAUUCUUUUUGUGGUAGGGUUUUAUAAUUUUCAUUCCCAGCUGCCACAUCUUACAGAUUCUCUUGGGGGAUCUAGUCAAUAGGAGGGGAAAGGGCAAACGGUUUAAUCGAGGGAUAGUUUGUGGUUUUCAAACAGGUGAAAACUGUAUCCUGAUGGAACUCUGAAAAGAAGGGCACGCUAAUAUUUAUUUUUUUUAACGGAGUGAGGAUUAAAUGUUUUUGUUGAUCAUCAAUAAGCUUGAAACAUUCCGAGGUCUGAUACCAACUUUCUUUAUCCUGUACAGAUUCGAAAGGAAGUAGAGUAGCCAAACAUAAAAAGAAGAAUCGGAGAAAAAAAUUUCAAUUGAAGAAUUCCUCCUUAGUCGACUCAAGCAAAAACCUCACGCAGGUUUUUUACAUUUUUUCGGAAGAUUUUUUUUUGAAAAUCAUCUUUGCUGUGUCAUUCCUGAUAGAAUGUUUGCUGUUGUUGACUUUAGGAGGCAGACAACAUUUGUACUUCGUCUUGUAAUGCUGAAAGCAAUCUUGAGGCUAGUCAAAGUUUAAAACUUCGUGAUGUUGGUGAAGAUGAAUUUACUCAGGAAGAUCAAUUUGAAGAUGUUGACAUUGAUGACGAACUUGAUCCUGCAAUGAAGGAAGAGCUUGACAGGUUCGUUAAAUUGCACCAGCUUGUUAGUAAAAUGUUGUUGCUUUUCCUGUUGCAAAUCUGAAGCGUGUGUAGAUUUGAAUUAACUGUAUGUCAUCCCUUCCGAUGGUCUAUUUUGGUGUUGUGUGGAGUAGCGCCAUUUAUUUUUGAUUUUUUUGUUCGCCAAUAUUUGUAUUGUCUUUUCAUAAACCUUGUGUGAAAUUUUGCGAAAGCAAGCCCCUUGUUUUAUUUGGUAAACGGCUAAACAUUUGCGGCAAGAUAGCUUAAGCAAAUGCGCUACAACACUGUUUUACCUUUUCAGUACCAACUAGUUUUAGUAACUGAAAUAUUUUAAUAAAUUAUUGUUAUGGAGUCCGUGAAAAUUGAUUUAUGCCUCAAUCUAGUUCAUAAAGAAACUUUUUCGGCUAAGAUUGCUGAAUUUGGGACAAUGUUAAGUAUGCUUGGAGGAAUGCAUAAGUCCUUUCAGUUUGAAGCAGCAUUGCCCCUUUUAGCGUGGCGUAUGACAUCUCCAGUGAAUGGCAGUGGUAUCUGACAAAGACUUGCUCAUUGGCAGAGUCAAUGUCUCACAUCGAAUUAUUAUCAUUGAAUCCCCGCAGGUGCUUCAUUGGCAGAGUCUGCCGAGACGCUAGUUUAGAGCAAGGUGUGUAGAAUUGCUCGGUUCUGAUUUAGAUCAUAAUUAGUCCCUUCCCAAUUGGGUAUUAAUGAGACAAACUGUCCCUGGGAUAGGCCAAUCCCUGUCGAACAAGCAGGUAUAUAAACAUUAAUUUCGGUAGAGCUCCAAAGAUAGCUGAUAGCUCCACAUCGGGGGGAUUUUUCAGCUGUCAGAGGAGACACAUUCAAAGAGUAGGGGAAAAACAGAUGGAUCACGGAAUGACUAGUGGGCAGCUGAUGAUGCUCAUCAUACUAAGAAAAACUUAUAUGUUUAUCAGUAAUUUUUUCGUGCUUUCCUGUGUUACAAGAAUUCAGUCAUGCUAGGUGCACAUUCUUUCCUUGAUUUUAUCUGUUAUUAUGAUUUUUUUUGGUGGCGAUAUGAUGCAGCCUGGGCUGGCCUGUAUGUGAGAUGCUGAAGAAACAAAGUUCAAUGACCUUUGCAUGGAUUACUUGUGCGAUAAAUUUGCAGGGAAGUGGAAGAUUUUGCCAGGAGACUAAACUCGGAUUGGCCUGAAAGAAUGCAAGAAAUGUUGUCUUUGAGUCAGGAAAGGAAACUAGUACCAUUGUCUGUGAAUGGCAGCUGCUCCUCACAGAGAUACACAGGUAUGCUCCCUCUGUCCCUCUGUCUGUCUCUCUCUCUCUCUCUCUCCCAUUCCUUCCCAUAUUGGUAGGCAUCACAUUUACGAUGAAAUGAUUCUGGUUGGACUUUUUCCUCUUAUACUCAUACUCCUGUUCGUUGUGGUACCUCGACCCUAACUCCACCUAUUCAAAGUCUUUUUUUCUGCACGAAAUACCAUGGUAGGAGCCUUUUCUUUAGCCCUUUUCAUAAUACCACAUGAGAUUUAGGGAAAGCGGAGUUCCUCUUCAUUAUUCCACUGCGAAGACAAUCAACUGAUACUUCGAUUCAUCCAAACUAUAUCACAUGUAAUCUUGUGUGAUCAUCCAUUUAAUGACCUUUCUUGAGGUGGCUUCCUGUUUCUGGUGUUUGUGCACUCGCCUGAGAUAAUUCCACUUCGAUUGUGACAGUAACUCCAUUAAGGAACCCAUCUCUCUCUCUUCUCUCUUCUUUUCUCUUGGAAGAUUAAAACUAUUCAACCAGGGCCUUGGUACAUUUAACACCUGAUUUUAAUGUUAGGGAUCUUCUUUGAGAAAACCCGCCCGCUAAAUUACCAAAAACAAACCUUUGAUCCGUAUAAUUUUAAGAAUUCGAUCUAUCUCCAAACUUCCAUGGUCUCAUGUACCCACAUCACAGAACAUCUGUUUGCCUUAGGAUGUGAAGAAAUUCUCUCCAAUACCAAAAUCUCUACAGCCUCGUCCCCGGAUUCUUAUCUUCCGGCAUUUUGUUAAUUCCCUCGGAUUUUCUCCUUGGGACGAGGGCACCGUGGGUUCAUAAAUACCUCGAAUCGGAUCUGUCUUGGUAGUUGACCUGAGUGAGCUAUCCCCAUUUGGAGGGAGCGUAGUCCACCUGUUUUGACUUCAUCGUCAUAGAAGAAAGCAAAUAUCCCCGGCAGUCACUCAAAAAAACCACUUCUUCUCUGCAGGGCUGUAUCAGAGGUGA